UAUCAAAUUAAUUGCUAAUUAUCAUUAUCCACAUCGUCCUUAUUGUCUUGAGCAUUGCCAUCUUGAUUGUUCUUAUCGUCUUUCUGCAACUAUCUCUGCAUCAUGGCGUUCUGUCACCCCCCAAAGCUCCCCAGCGAGACGCAGCACGAGUACUCGAAGAGGUGCAUGAUCGCCCGGGCCGCAUGGCGCCAGCAGAAGCUGGACCGCUAUAGCAGGCGGAAAUCCAGAUUGCUGUCUCCUGAUAGCGACGAUGCUAAUAAGGAAGACUUAACCCAGACGUUAUUGCUCGUCGGGGAGGAUAUCCUGAUCGAGUUAGGACAAGCAAGCCGCGAAGACUUCAUCAGGCAGCCGCGGCAAGAGGAGCCACCAGCUCGCGUCUAUGCCGGCAAGACCCUUAGCGAGAUCAGUGGUUCCCUGGAGGAACGAUCCGAGUUCUCGGACGAGUGGCUGGACGAUAGGAAGCCCCAGAGGCAGAGGGAAUCGCCGCUCCCGAGAAGCAAGACGCCCGAGAUACCCGCGAACAAGAGGAAGAGGGGCUGGCACGAGGGACCCGACGAGCAGGCAGCGCAGCCAGACACGAGGAGGAGGAUAAUCACCAAAGAUACACACACUAGCCGGACGGCCAGCCAGUCCGGGAGGAAGAGGAAGAGGGGGUCUGACCACGAGGCUGCCCGGGAGACCUCGUCCGACCCAGCGGCCAAGAGGAAGCGGGUCAAAUCCGACCUGGAAGAGAAGCCUGCCCCUGUCCAGCCGGCCAGCCUCGCGUCGUCGUCGUCGUCGUUGAUAACAGCCCGAGUCACCCGUGCUCGCCGCCGCCAGCUCUCGGGGCUGAAUGCCCGACUGUUGCAGCUCGGCCAGCGCGGUCAGCUCAGCCUGCAGGAGGAGCAGGCCCCGGAGGCACAGGCACAGGAACAGGCACAGGAACAGGCACAGGCAGAGGCACAUGCUCCGAAGGCCGCCACCGACAGGUCCAAGGGGCCGCCUGCCAGCACCAAGACACCGCCCAGGGUCAAGGCCAAGGCCACCACUGCCAUCAAUACUCGCAGCAAGGCCAGAAGCGUCAAGACCAGGGCGGGAGAUAGCAUCGGCGCUACGAGGAUCGAGAGCCUCUACGAUGAUGUUUACCUGCAGUCCUGGACCCGCGGCGCAGCUCGUCGACACUGGGUUGUUGUUCAGAAGAACGGGAGCAUGAUCCGGCCGGUUGCUGGCCGCAGUGCAGACGCGCACCUCCGUUCUGUUCGCGAGCGCGAGCGUGUCUUUUCCAGGGCAAAAGCGUCCGCGGAGGACUCGGUCAAGGCGACGACGGCAGGCCUUGCGGCGACGAGCCUGUGGAUGGAACGAACCCGUUGGGGUAUCACAUAUAACGGCGCCGGGCGGGUUGUCUCCAGCUUCCGGAGGGGCUGCGUCCGCCGAGCCCUCUGCAGGCCGCGUAUGUCCUAG